UCCAACAGAUUUGCACAAGAGCACGAUAACGGGCAUAGAAAUGAUUUUGAAACAGUGAAACUGGCUGAAAUGUGGUCUCCGACGGCUUGUAAGAAUUUUCGCAGUAAACAGCACAACUCGGAAAGAGCGUGUACGUCCUGCGCGGUAUCUAAAGCGGUAAACAAGUGGACUAUUCAUGGGCUUUGGCCGUCAAAUGGGAACAAUACGGGACCGUACCAAUGUAGCGGCAGCAAGUACGAAGCGAGCUUAGUGAACGAGCUGAGAAAAGAAUUAAACGAGAAAUGGCCGAGCGCAAUGUACGACAACGAUUCAUUCUGGUCUCACGAAUGGAAAAAACAUGGGACUUGCUCGAAUCUCAAGGCCACGGAUACCGUGACAAAGUACUUUUCAACCUCGCUCCGGCUCUUCGACGCUUACAACCUCGGAGGCAUACUCGCGGAAGCCAACAUUCUCGCGGGAAACAAUUAUACGCUCGAUUCCCUGCACGGGGCCAUCAAGCGGAAACUCGGUGUGAACGUUUUCGUGCAAUGCAUACGCAUAAAGGUCGGUAUCGUCUACCAGCGCACACAAGUCCAAAUAACUCGCUCCCAAUUCUCCCUAAAUUCCCAAUUCUUUCAGGGCAAGCACGAGCAGUAUUUGUCGCAAGUCCAGCUGUGCUUUGACAAGUCGCUGCGAUUGACGGACUGCGACAGCGGCAACGGAUACCUGUCCAGUUGCGAGCGCCACUACAACGUCACCUACGCCAAUAGCUGCUAAAUGUUCACUGCGGCGAAAUAGCCGAACGGCUGUUUGUUGCGAAUACCAGUCAGUCCAAAGGGAUGUAAUCGCAAGCGCGAGCGUCGUUUCGCUCUUAAACGUGCUGCGCAUCGAAGUGCAAGCCUCGGCCCGGAGUUGGCGAAAAAUUGCGCCGGGCCGAGGCCGUAAAUAAAGCUCGCUGCCGGGGAUUCGGCGACAGACCAAUAUCACGGGCUGUGGCUUUGCUUAUUAAAGGCCACCCCCUCUGGGCAUUCGUACGCCGGCGUCGGCGUCUCGAGCCUCCGGAGCAUGGCGCAACAGUCCGCACGAUCGCGAAACGAAAUCUCUUUUGCCGGGUAAUUAGGCAGAGAUUCUUGUGCUCCGCGGCAGCGCCACAGUCGUUAAAACCCUGCCGCCCUGCCGCCCAGCCGCCCGCCCGACAGCCCUUAUAUAUAGCAAAACUUCCUUUUUUCGUCUUCAAAUUAAGGCCAUUCUCCCGCUUACUUAGGAUUUCCUUCCCCGUUCACGAUAAUUGUCCCCCUAAUCGAAACUUCCAUUAAAGCCAACUUGUGCUGGCUUUGUUGCGGUCGCGCGCUCGCCGCUUUGUCAUUUGCCUUGCCGAAACACGGCCGAAUUCCAUUUCAAAUCCAUUAUCGUGGCGUACAAUAAAGUCCGUCCUCGCUCGCGAGCCACCUCGAGUGCCAGUAAUCAGCGUAAAAUCUAUAAAGUAUUAUUGGCCUGGGUAAUAGAACGAGGGUGUUGAUGGCGGCAGGCUACUUGACUGGCAAUCCAAAGCGGCGCGCCGCUCGUACAAUUAGCAGCCGAAGCGUGCUCCGCGACCCGUGCGGACAGUCCAGCCACCGGCGUAUUCCGCGACUACGCUGUACAUAUUGAAAUAAACGAGCCGGCACGAGCGCCACUCGACCGUGUCAGCGUGAGAUAGCCUUGACUAAUGGCGCCCGCGCAAGCCGAUCGUACGUUUCAUUAGCUGUACUACCGUGGUCCAACGGACUUGGCACGACUGGCGCAACAGCGGCCCAGUGGCGAAGUAACGAAAGCUACUGGCAGCGUGGCGGGCUGACGACGAUGCCGCGCUCCAAGCGAACGAGUAACGAUUUUAUUUACGGCCGCCUCGGCUUCCGCAGAUCUCGCAGAGAGGCCGUUAAUUAAAUAAUAUUUCUUGGCGGAGAAGAAGACAGAGAGAAACGGCUUGGGGCUGUUGUGGGCGACGGGCGACGCGGCGCAAGCCGAAACGGAAACGCAAUUGGUAAGAGGUGAGGCCGAACGGAGAAGAAGAAGAAGAAGAAAAGCUCGAGAGGUACUUAUUGCAGUAUCGAGAUCGUAACUUUGGCCCAGGCCACUCGUAAACGUCCCCCGCGUGGUCUGCACGCACCAUGCCCACUCUGCUCGACUUUUCAACCCCCGGCACCAUUCAAUCGCUCGUUCCUCGUUCGCUUCCCGCCUAUAAUUCUCGCACAAAACACGUUCGGAGCUUUACCUCGUUAUUUCGCUGCUCUCUUUUUAUUUCACACUUUCUUUCAUUUGCCGGCGUGCUUCCUCCUUCUCAAAGACCACCUA